UCUCACAUCGAAUAGAAGCCAUUGAAAUUGUGAAAGGACAAUGGCCUCCAAGAAAUUUUUAUGCUUUAUUUUCGUCUGUUUCUUUGCCUUGGGAGGUGCUACCUACUGUACCUACGACAGUGAUUGUUCCUAUCUUCAGUCCUGUUGUACAGAUAAAGUCUGCAGACAGCUUUGUAAUGUCUGUUCGUACGACUACCAAUGUGGAUCGAACGAGCAGUGCUGUAAAAGCCAAUGUAAAAGUAGUUCUUCUUGUUCCUGUUCGUAUGACUCCCAAUGUGGAUCGAGCAAGAAAUGCUGUAAUGGCAAAUGCAUCAGUACUUUGUCUUCUUGUGCCUGUUCGUACAACUACCAAUGUGCAUCGAGCGAGAAAUGCUGUAAUGGAAAAUGCAUCAGUAGUUUUUCUUCUUGUUCCUGUUCGUACGAUUUCCAAUGUGGAUCGGGCAAGAAAUGCUGUAAUAGCAAAUGCAUCAGUAGUUCGUCAUCUUGUUCCUGUUCGCACAACUACCAAUGUGACAGUGGCGAGCAAUGCUGUAAUAGCAAAUGCAUCAGUAGUUCGUCAUCUUGUUCCUGUUCGUACGACUACCAAUGUGACAGUGGCGAGCAAUGCUGUAAUAGCAAAUGCAUCAGUAGUUGGUCCUCUUGUUCCUGUUCGUACGACUACCAAUGUGACAGUGGCGAGCAGUGCUGUAAAAGCAAAUGCAUUAGUAAAUCGUCUUCUUGUAACUGUUCGUCCGACGACCAGUGUGACAUUGGAGAGGAUUGUUGUGGAGGAGUUUGUUCCUCAUACUGUAGUUGGAGUGGUGGAGCUAUUGCAGGGGCUGUUAUCGGCACGAUUAUUUUCUUUGCCAUCAUAAUUUCCAUCGCAUCCUGUUGCUGCUGUGCUUGUUGCCCAUACUACCGCUACCGUACACCUGGUACUGUGGUCGUCACCGGCCAACAGCGGCAACAACAAAUAGUCUCAACCCACAUGAUGACGACGCAACAAGUACAUGCUCCUCCGCCGGUGAACUACAAUCAGCCUCCCUUAGCAAGUCACAGCCAGCCUCCUCCAAAUGGAUACGACCAGACUCUUCCAGGUUUAAUUCAGACUCCUCCGUCUUACUCAAGUUGUCCACCACCACCAAACCAAUAUUCUCCGCCGCUUAGACAAGCUAAAGUGGCGCCGAUGCCAGCUGUGGUAGACACCUAACAACCGAACGAAAUGUUAUUAAAGUAACCUACAAGGCAAGUUUUGCGAGCAGAUCACCGUUGCGGUGAAAUAAAUACCUUUGAUAUAUAUUUUCCAUUUAAAUAGAUGUAAACGUAGUAAAGUUACAAAAUGUUGUGUAAGAUUUUCUAAGGAUAGUUUUAGAAGUCUAAGUUAGGGAAUAGGUUCUCUAAUCUUAAAUGAAAUUAUAUUAAUCUUCGUCAUGAUAUGCACGCUGUAUAUUUGCAAAUUCGACCUAUUUCACCAUCGUCGUUCAAAGAAAAACAAAAAGUACCACAGAUUUCUUGUGGAGAGGAUUUUUGUUGGAGAUAGAUGAGUCCGGUCAUUAGCAUUGAUUUUCCAGAAUGAAUUUUGUAUUCUUAGAAUUGUAGUUUCACGAAUGUCAAUCGUGUCGUAUAGCAGUCAAAACGAUAAUCUUGGUAAUAGAAUGACAAAGGUUAAAAGUUGGUAUUAUGAGCUAGGUUGGAUCAUCCAACCGAGCUCAUAAUGCUCAUAACUGAUUUGCUUUAUUUCAGCUGUUACCUUAUUUACAGACGUGAUUAAUUACUUUUUUCAUUUUCUAUUUUUAGUUGAUCGAAUCUUUAGCAGAUCCUUCGACAGCAAAUGCUCUGUCGAUUUCGAGCAGUACUUGCAUUUGUGUGUUGUCACAAUUUUUUUGAAAAAUCAAUUUUUGUUAGUCCGCUUUCGUGUGUAAGAUUCAGUUUGAUAUGCAAGUAACCGGUUCGCAAAUGAAUUUUACUUCGGAUGUUCCGAAGUUUUACUUUGUGCCUGUAAGCGUGGCGAAAAUUUCAUCUGAGCGAUUUCUUGAGAAAGUGACUUUUGAGACUUACCAGCUGAAAACAUUUGUAUACGAUUACAACUUUGCUUCCAGAAUUAAACCUGAUCGUGCAUUUUUCGCGGAAGCUUUUCUACGAUAAAACCUGAUGAAGGAGACAUUAAUCAUCUAAAAGAAACCGGUUAAAUCCCGAUUUUGUCCUUCAAUAAGUGGACCUUGUAUUUGGCGGACAUCUUCAUCAUGUUCAUUUGGCAGAUGCAGACACUAUUUGAAGCGGGGCUUUGUGAGACCUAAGACGUGCUACAAGCAGUUGGUUUUACUAUGCUAGGUUGGCAGUGAAGAAUGCAGUUUCGACAAUUGCAAGUUCGCUCGUAUCAGAGAAAUAAAAUACAACGAAAACUGUGAUGUUUUACAGUCAUAGUCAUGAGGUUCGCGUGAUGUAAUUACCAUAAUCAUAACAGAGCCGGAUGCGUCGACGUUGAUAAGACGUUGAGAAAGGUCAGAAAGAAUGUUGAAUACCAAACUACACUGUAAAAUUGAAAGAGAAACGUUUUUAAUCUGCCUCCAGCCCUAUAAUUGUCCAUGAAAUUGUACAAUCAUUACUGUUGAUCUAGGUUUGGAUAUAACUGAAGGCAAACGCAUAGCUUAGUUUCAUUCAUAAUAAUCUUUCAGUUUGCACUUCCCCCGUCGAGUGGCUGGCUUUUACUACAACCUAACUCCUACAAUAAUACGGAUUACUUGACUACUAUAAAUGUUUCGAAAUCAAAUUGAAUUAAUUUAUAUCGCUUUGUUAUUCAACCAUUACAACUGAAGGAUAAACUGGACGCUUAGAGGCGUUACCCCGGCUUAUGUGUGACACAGAAAGAGCAUCUUUGAAUAUCAAAAAUUCAAGCUUGAAGAAAGUGAAUGUGGCCUUUGUUAUCAGAUAGAAAUAGAAUGUUUGAAACAUAUUAUCUAUCUGCAAAUCUAUAUACCAAAAAUCGGCAAAUUUUCACCCUCAAAAACAUGCAUAUCCGCUGCUUUUUUCACAUUUGUUGCCUGACAUGGCAUACCUUUUAUCUCUUUCAAUUAACAUUAGGAUUUACUGGUAUGCUAAUUCAAAGGAAACGGAAAUCAAGGGUUUAUUAGGUCAAUUUUACAAAGAUAGUCAAAUAUCCUGUAUACUAUGUUUGUUUCGAGGUCUCCCGUAUCCUUGUAAAACUAAAUUCCGCCCAGUAUUGUGCAUGCUUAAUGUUUUCUUGGAAUCCUAAUAAUCACAAAAACCGUGGACAAAGCGUUAGGGAUACCCAAGGCCGAAAAUAAAAUAGAGGUGAAAUAGUCAGUCAACAAAUGAAUAGUGCAAGCUUUAUUGAAACGCUAAAAAUGAUCAAUAUAACAGCAUAAACAUUAACCGAGUUUAGAUACUUGAUGGUACAGUUUACUCAAAUUUGUGCAAGUAAUCUAUAGAAAUUUCAAUUGACAUGUGGAUCCAAUCAUUAAUUACACUUAUCAUAAAAGAAUAAACAUAAACCGAGCCUAGAUGCUUGAGGGUGUAGGGUAAUUAUAUCUGUGCAGGAUUAUUUUUAUCUAUAUAAAUUUCAAAUGACAUGUUCAUGACGAGUUCAAUAAUUAA